ACAAAGCUGCAGUCACCAAUCGAGCUGCAUCAUUUGGUAGGGAGAGCUUAGAAGGAGGAGGAGAGCAUAUACCUACGUUUGUCUGUCUGGCCAACCAAGGAGGGAGGGAGGAUGCAGAGGUACACCACUAGGGACAUAUGGGAGAUGGAGGACCGCCAGAGCCCGCGCAUGGGGUGCAGCGUCGUCCUCGGCGUUGACGGCGGCGCCAGCAACACCGUCUGCGUCUGCAUCCCGGCCGCCAUGCCCUUCGCCGACCCGCUCCCCGUCCUCGCCCGCGCCGUCGCCGGAUGCUCCAACCAGAACUCCGUAGGAGAGGACAAGGCGAGGGAGACGCUGGAGCGAGUGAUGGCGCAGGCUCUCCACAAGGCUCGCCGGAGACGAUCAAACGUGAGCGCGGUCUGCUUGGCCGUAGCCGGCGUCAACCACCCCAUCGACCAGCACAGAAUGCUGGACUGGCUCAGGGAGAUUUUCCCGAGCCAUGUGAAGCUGUUCGUGGAGAACGACGCGGUGGCGGCACUGGCCAGCGGCACCAUGGGCAAGCUCCACGGCUGCGUGCUCAUCGCAGGGACAGGGACCAUAGCCUACGGUUUCACCAGCGACGGCAGGGAAGCUCGGGCAGCUGGUGCAGGGCCGGUGCUAGGUGACUGGGGCAGUGGCUAUGGGAUUUCAGCACAAGCAUUGACAGCAGUUGUGAGGGCCUAUGAUGGCAGGGGUCCUGAAACACUACUCACAAACAACAUCCUUGACUUCCUUGGACUCGCAUCGCCGGAUGAACUCAUAGGUUGGACAUAUGAAGAUCAAUCUUGGGCGCGCAUUGCUGACAUUCUCCCUGUUGUGGUAGAAUCUGCCGAAGCCGGCGACGAAGUAGCAAACAAGAUCUUGCACAAUUCAGUUGGUGAACUAGCUUCCAGUGUCAAGGCUGUAGUGCAGAGACUUGCGCUGAGUGGGGAAGAUGGAAAAGAUCUAUUUCCACUUGUUAUGGUCGGCAAAGUUCUUGAGGCAAACCAGAGGUGGGACAUUGGUAAGGAAGUGAUAAGUUGUGUUACCAAGACAUAUCCAGGGGCAUAUCCAAUACAUCCCGAGGUGGAACCAGCUGUUGGUGCAGCAUUACUAGCAUGGAAUGCUAUAGCAAGUGAAUUGGAUGGUGAUCUUAGGGCUGCUGCUUAAAGUGCUCAGCACUUAUUUCUCCUACCAUAUUCAUGUAAAUUAUGUUUGUGUCACACUAUCACCUAGUGUUUUGCAUUUGUUUUAGCAAGUUAUUUUGAAUGUGUUGUAAUGUCUUCAAGAAGGUUUAUGUCACAAAUAUGCGAAAAGGGAAAGAAAGAAUACUAGUUUAGCUGAAAGUUUUUUCGACAGAAAAGGUACAAUAAAAAAAGAAAUGAAGAUGCUUAUGUCCUCUGUGAGAUCUUGCUCCGAAAUGACCUGAAGUUCAGUAUGACACUGCUGAAAGAUACUCCCUCCGUCCCAAAAUAAGUGUCGCUGACUUGGUACAACUUUGGGUGGUUCACAAAUAAGACCAGUAAGCAUAACACCACUUGACUCAGAUUGAGACAAAUGUUGCUCAAGCAAACAUGACUGCAGUGACUAGUACACACAAACAGAACAUAACAUUUAUAUCCCAUGUAGAGUGGAAAUGACUAACAAAAAUGCUAAUUAGAGGGCGCUACUUUCAACAGUCAUCAGCCGCCAAGAAUUCUUGCAACAAAAUACUUUACCCGGAUGCCUGACAGAGAGACAUAUAGGUUCCCCGCAAAAAAAAGAGAGACAUAUAGGUACUUCAAAGUGAACAAAAUAAGCCAAAUGGCAGGCACUUGCCUCAAAUGCGGUCAACUAUUGCUCAGGCAAACAUCAAAACAAUGGCAGUCAUAUCAAUCAACCACAUACAUUGCUCAGGUACAUGUUAACCAUGUAACUUCAACAACUUAUUAAUAAAUAAAAAAGUACUUCAAUAAUGACUAACAACUAGACAACUGGAUACAUUUCGAAAUAGAACCAUUUCUUGAAAAAAUAGCUUCCCCCAUAAUCAUCCAAGAUGGUACAUCAGUAUAUUACAUAUAGGAUUAUUAUGGCCAU